AGUGGUCCUGCACUCAGCUCAGUGUAAUGUGGGCAGGUGAGCUGCCAGAACUUCCAUUUAUCCACAGAGGACUGUCUGUCUCUGAGUACUAAACCAAUGGGACAACUUCUAAAUAUCUAAUUUAAAAGAAAAGACGUUUUCUACAAAAAUGUUUGUGAGGACACUGACGGCCGGCUCCUUCGUGGUGGCGGAUUAUGUGGUGUUUGCGAUCAUGCUGGUGGUUUCUGCAGCCGUCGGGGUCUACUUCGCCUGGACUGAUAGGAGGCAGAAAAGCUCCAAGGAAUUCCUGACAGGGGGCCGCAGGCUGAACGCCCUCCCAGUCUCCCUGUCCCUGACCGCCAGCUUUAUGUCGGCCAUCACGGUCCUGUCCAACCCUGCUGAGGUGUACUGCUAUGGAGCCAUCAUUGGAUUUUACGCAGUGUCCUAUUUGCUCACAAUGCUGAUCACAUCUGAGAUCUUUCUGCCAGUUUUCUACAAACUGACCAUCACCAGCACCUAUGAGUAUCUGGAGCUGCGUUUCAACAGAGCCACUCGCCUGCUGGGAACCAUGCUCUUCAUUGUUCAGACUGUUCUCUACACUGGAAUCGUCAUUUAUGCCCCUGCUCUUGCUUUAAACCAAGUGACUGGUUUGGACCUGUGGGGUGCGGUCAUCUCCACAGGAGUGGUUUGCACCUUUUACUGCACAAUGGGCGGCCUGAAGGCAGUGGUAUGGACAGAUGUGAUUCAGCUUGGCGUCAUGCUAGCAGGCUUCCUGGCUGUCAUCAUCCAAUCUGCGGCCCUACAAGGCGGCGUUAUCACCAUCAUUUCAGAUUCGCAACAGGGCGGAAGACUGAAUUUUUUGGACUUCGACCCAAACCCUCUACGGAGACACACAUUCUGGACCAUGUCUAUCGGAGGGACAUUUAUUUGGGUCGGUGUGUAUGGGAUCAACCAGGCCCAGGUUCAAAGAUAUAUCUCCUGCAAAAGCAUGACUCACGCCAGACUUUCCUUGUACAUCAACCUGCUGGGCCUGUGGUCCAUCUUGCUGAGCUCGGUGUUUGCAGGAAUGUGCCUUUACUCGGUCUAUAAAGACUGUGACCCGUGGAGUGUUGGGCUUGUUUCUGCUCCUGAUCAGCUGAUGCCAUAUUUGGUGAUGGACAUCCUGGCUGGCUAUCCUGGCCUCCCUGGACUGUUUGUUGCAGCAGCGUAUAGUGGAUCUCUGAGCACAGUGUCUUCCAGCAUCAAUGCACUGGCUGCAGUGACAGUGGAGGAUCUCAUCAGACCACACGCCAAAUUGUCUGAAAAACAUCUGUCCUGGAUCUCAAAGGGAAUGAGUCUUUCCUAUGGAGUUUUAUGCAUUGGAAUGGCUGGACUGGCCUCACUUAUGGGAGGGGCCCUUCAGGCAGCUAUCAGUAUUUUUGGAAUCAUUGGAGGUCCGUUACUUGGCUUGUUCACAUUGGGCAUCCUGUGUCCAUCAGCCAACUCCAAAGGAGGUCUUGUAGGUCUCGUGUCUGGGCUGGUCGUGUCUCUUUGGGUGGGCAUUGGAGCCCAGGUCUACCCUCCUCCUUCUGAGUUGACUAAGCCUCUGCCUUUGUCCACUGAUGGAUGCAACUUCACCACAGCAGAUUCCUUCAACUGGACUUCUGCUGCUUUGCCAAUGCAACCAAACUCAACGGCUACAGUCCCACUCCAUGAUGAUGAUGGCAGGUCUCUGAUGUACUCUCUGUCCUACCUUUACUUCAGUCCACUUGGAACAAUAAUAUCUAUCAGUGUGGGGCUGAUAGUCAGCAUGCUAACAGGAGGCUGCAGACAACAAGUGGAAUCAAGGCUCUUGUUAAAGAAGGAGGACACAACGUUUUAUCACUUCAUCAAGUUAUUCAAGUGCAGAGCGAAGAGACAAAGUCGACAGCUCAACCUUGAGAAGGACAGAGAGAAGAAAUUUGGAAAUACCAAUCCUGUGUUUAGUGAUUUAGAGUUGGACUUAACAAAAAGCAGCAUCGCUCUAUAAAAACCAUCAACCAUCAGUCAUCAACCAGUGCACUUGUGUACUUUAAAUUUUUCUUUUUUUUCUGUAUGAUUCGUAAAAGUUUUGUUAAUAAACAAGGAGAAAUAAUCUGUGACUCUAUAAUCUCUUAGAAUACAAACUAAAGGAACCACAAUCUCAAAUAGUCCUAACCCUAUGUUGAAGUUUAACAUGAGUGAAAUUUAAAUGCACUUUCAUUCAGACACUCAACAUUAGGGAUGUCCCGUUCUGAUAUCGAAAUUGGAAGUGAUUCAGUAACGGCCCAAAAACAUUGUAUCGGAUUAUAUCGGAUGGCCCAUUAAGGUUCACAUUUUUGCAACCAAUGGUUACGAAAAAAUGGUCACUUUUUUCCUGUUAUUGGCUCUUGUUCUCUGAUUGAAUAAUAUCACUUAAUCAAGCAUUUUAUACAUUCCACACUACAAAAUAGGUAAAAGUACGUAUGAUUUGUGCUGAUAUCGUAUCGGAUUGAUAUCGGUAUCGGUCAGUACUGAAGGCUGCAAUAUCGGUACUGUAUCAUUUAAACAUACCUUCGUGUAAAUCACACCAGAAAUA